UCGGCCUGGACUUUCGGCAUCGCUUGCGUCUCUGGCUUCGUGUCCUUGAGUCCCGCCUGGGUGACGUUUGGCUGGCUGUCUCGUCGGUUACAUCGCGAAGCUAACUAACGAGUUAGUUAGUGGCUUGCGUGCGCGGGGGGAAGCGUUGGCCUAGUCUGGAGAUCCAAGCCGCUUGACUGCUCGACUGUCGAUCUGAUCUGCCCUGCGUAUGCUUGAUUAUGCUUAUGCUUAUGCCGACUCUGGCUGCUGGCCUGCUCAGUGGCUUCGGCCGGGCGGAUCAGGUCGUGGAUAGCGUGCUGGGCUGGAUAGCCUAUGCGGACUGCGGCGGGAUUUCAGCGCGCGGGGGCCGACAGAAGGUUGAAAAAUACAGCAGAGUCAAGCAUCGAUGGCCAGGCUGGUUUGUUACUUUUUGCUUUGUGUUAUUUAUUUGCUUUCUGACGGCGAGAUUUUCUUUCUUUCUUUUUUUCUUUUUAUCUCUUGCUUUUUUUGUUGUCGUUGAUGAUGGGAUGCGGGCCGGCGGAUUUUGCAAGUUACAGACGCCUCGAGGCGUCGGCGGUUUCUUUUUUAUUACACUCAUUGUUGCUGUCUCUCCCCCUCCCUCUCUUUGUUAUAGUUGAUUAGAUGAAGUUACACUGACUCUAUAGAGAAAGGCAAAAAUAAAGGGUAAAAGAUAAAACAUCAUAAGGGUAUCAAUCACAAGAAAGGAAGCC